AACCACCAACCAUGAAUGUCGGGAUGGAACCUCCACUUUCUUCGACGCAGGAGAGGAGAGAGGUAACGUAACCAAGCAGCAUCCAUCACAACUCACCACUCACUCCCUAAGCAACUACCAAGAUGCCUCCCCCAACACUCGACCAGGUCAUCUUCCCCGAACAGGCCAACCAGAACUUCUCGCGCAUUCUUGGCGACCUCAAGCGGUCCAACUUCAUCACCAACAGGCUUGCGUCGAUAUCCCACGACGCCGCCUUUGUUGAGAAGGUUGCGGAUGCGCUAAAGCUGCCACUCGUGUCGAACGAGCGGUGCGGGAGUUGGUAUAUCGAUCCCGCCCGUAAAGCCGGUUCGGCCUACUUUAAGAGUACGGAUGGGCAUACCGGGCAGUGGAAGUUUAGCUCGAGGAGACUGAACCUGCACUUGUUAGAGUUGAUUGGGGAGAACGAUGGCUGCAUCAUAGUCGACUCAACCCGCAGAGGCAAACGCAUGCCCGACGCCCUAAGCAAGACCCUCCCAACCUGGUGCGCCGUCCUCAACCGCGCCCUCUUUCCCACCCACGACGCCCCCAACAACAACCCCAACAACAACUCCAGCAACAACCCCUCCACCAACCCCUCCACCAACCCCAUCCACGCCCUCUACACGCCACCCAACACCGUCUCCCCCUCCGAAGCUUCCCAAAUCACAUCCCUCCUCCCCCAAUUCCUCACCACCUUCCACUCCCUCGCUCUCAACCCGACCCCCCUCCUUACCGCCCUCCACCACAAACCCCUCCACCCCCUCUUCAUCACCCCCGAAGACGACGUCACCACCACCGCCGCCGCCCUAACCCACCUCCGCCGCUCGGGCUACAGCCCCAUAGUCUGCUGCACUGCCUCCCGCCGCGCCGCGCCGGGGGAGGUCAGUGAGGUGGGCGGGGGCGGGUAUGUGCAGGGGGCGGGGGACGACACGGAGAAUUGGGCGUGCGGGCUGACGCCGGGGGUGUUUUGGCGGUGGCGCGGGGUGUUGUUGGGGGCCGGGGAGGGGGAGUUGCCCGGGUUGAUUCGGGGGUUGGUGGAGAGGGAGGGAAAGGAGGUUGAGAGGGAAGGGAGGGGUGGUGGGGGGGUGAGGGAGGUUGUGAAGGGGAGGGGGGUGUUUGUGGGGGGGGUGUUGUCGAAGCGGUGUUUGGAGGUCGGGUUGGGGAAGAGCAAGGCGGCGAGCCGGUUGUUGAGGGAUGCGCUGCCGCAGAUUUGUGAGUUUGUGUUGGCCUACCUGAGGCGGCCCGCGACGGGGGAGGCUGGCGCAGCGGAGAAGAAGGUGGUGGUGCUGUGCGAGACCGGGAAGGACUUGUCGGUUGGGGUCGCGCUGGCGGUCUACUGUUGGUGUUUCGACGACGCCGGGAACGUGCGGCAGGAUGACAAGGAAGUGUCGUUCAACAAGGCCGCCAUCCGGGUCAGGCUGGGACACAUCGUCACAACGCUCCCCGAGGCCAACCCCAGCAGAGCAACACUGCAGAGCGUAAACAGCUUCUUGAUGGACUGGCGAAAAUGA